AUGCCUCUGGAUCUCCAGCUCCACCGAAUGGUGAGGCUACUGCAGGUUCUUGGCAAUCCGCAUCUUUCCAGUUGGAAGGCCGUGCAUGUUGCUGGGACUAAUGGAAAGGGCUCCGUAUGUGCAUAUCUAUCCCAGAUUCUCACUCUUUCAAAGGUAAAAAAUGGAAGGUUUACGUCACCCCAUAUGCUCUAUGUGAACGAUUCGAUAUGUGUGAAUAAUAAACCUGUUUCUUUGGCGUUUUUUGAGACUGUUCAGAAACGAGUGAUUGGUGCUAAUGACAAGAUGCAAGUGGGAGCCACGGAGUUUGAAAUUCUUACGUGCACCGCGUUUGAGAUCUUCAAACUGGCAAAAGUGGAGGUUGCUGUUAUUGAGGUGGGUCUUGGUGGGCGUCUGGAUGCUACCAAUGUUAUUCCUGCCCAUAAAGAGGGCGAAUCGUUUGGAGUGGUGGCUACAGGUAUUACCAAAAUUGGACUAGAUCAUGAGGGAAUUCUUGGAUCCACAUUGGCUGCAAUCGCAGGCGAAAAAGCCGGUAUUAUCAAGCCAGGGGUACCAUGUGUUGUGGAUGGUUCUAACGCGAAUGAAGCCUUGGAAGUAUUCAAAAGAGUGGCUGAUGAGCAAGGAGUUAUGCUUACUGUCUCGAAUCCAAAAGAGACUACGUCCUUUGGGGAGGUGAAACGGUUCAAAAUCGGUCUACUGGGAAAAUAUCAGCACGCAAAUUUGUCGGUGACGCUUAAGCUUGCUCAAUUGCUGGUAGAUCCGCGAAUCACGCAAGAGACAGUAGCGGAAGGAAUAUCCAGUGUCAAAUGGCCUGGAAGACUACAAACUUUGAGGCUGCCAUUACUACCGGAUUCAGUUGAAAUUUUGCUAGACGGGGCCCAUAAUGGUUCUGCUGCAGACGAGCUAGCAGCUUUCGUGGAUACUAAUCUGCGACCAGAAGGCGAUAUCGUGUAUGUUUUUGCUGCUACUAAGGGCAAAGUUCUGGACCCAAUAAUGAAACCACUGUUCUCGAACAGAGACACAGUGAUUCUCACUGAAUUCAGUCCCGUGGAUGGCAUGCCUUGGGUUUCUGCAUACGAAACUGCUGAUCUGAAGAUACAAGUGCAGAAGUAUACAGACAAGGUCUACGAGAGUAGUAAUCCGAUUGAGGCUAUCAAGCUUGCUGGUCAAUUGAAAGAGUCCAACGGAAGCGUAGUUGUUUGUGGAAGCCUUUAUUUGGCUGCAGAUAUAUUGAGACUUGAGAGGAAGUUAUUGGAUGUGGUUCCAGAUGAGUACACACCAAACGCAGGCACGGAAUAG